CUGCGGUUCAACAUAAAGACGAACUACAGAAUAACAAACAUAAUACAAGCGGUCAACAAGGGCAGGAAUACGGAUACGAAGGCCGCCAGCAGCCAUGGUGAUAAUAGCAGAGGUAGCAACAGCAACGCUAACGCCAGCGGCAACAACAGGGGUAGCAGUAACAGCGACAACAAUAAUGGCAGGAACAGCAACGCUAGCGGCAGCGGCAAUAAUAAUGAACUUCCCGAGGAGUCGAGGGACGAAAAGGUCAAGAUCGGAGUGAAGGUAACGAGUCUCAGGUACGAGAACAUGAUGCAGGGACUUGAGAUAUACAGACACGAGGUAGAAAAGGACGUGAAGCUGAGCAGAAUCAAGGGUGAGUUCACUGACAUUGACGUGAACCUGUUCCACUUCAAGUACGCCGACGUUUACACCAAGGACAAGCUGACGCUGAUAAACGUAGUCACGGUCCAGUUCUCAUCAAACAACGACCUUGCGAACAACAUUGACACCAGUUUCGCAAACUCGGACCCGAGUGAAGUGAGCGGCAAGAACGGGAAUCAUAACAGCAACCAUAAGGACAGUCACAAGAACAAGUACAGGGACUUGCAGAGUGAAAAGGAGGCUGGGGAGCUGGGCGUGUACGAGAUGAACUACUACUUCUUCGUCGUGCACGACAGAAUGUACCAGUACAAACCGUCGGAGAACGAGUGGGUGCACCCAGUGGAACUGCUUCUGUCACUCGUAAGCUUACACCGGAGGUCGCUGCAGAACAUGAACCUAAACAACUCAGUGGGCCUGUGCAGAAGGGUCAACAAGGCGAUGCGCAGGUUCUACUACAACGUUCUCUGCUGGAAGAAGAACAAGAGGGUGGACGACCCCAACGCGCAUGCCGCGAGUCCCAAGCACAUGAUGAUCCACAACGCCGCUGAGGAGGAGCUGUACAACCACCUCAGAGGCAAGCUCGUGAUGCUGUUUCUCAACAACAAGCUGAGGUGGGCCUUAAAGGGAGCAGUGCUUCCGCUUACGCUGAACUUCGUGACGAUGCUGAGCCUGUUCAUGAGCUUCCCGAUGAUGGGCGUCUACGACGCCCUGGAGCCGGGCACCGCUAUCAGGUUCGAGAUGGUGAUAAAGAUUGUCUCCGUCAUCCCGGGCGUGCUCAUCUGCGUCAUCUGCAGCGUCGGCUUCCUCAGGAACCUGUCGAUGCAGAAGCCGUGGCACCGCGCGCACAAAUACGUGUACCUUUCGUACCUCACGUACAUCGUCGUCUGCUUCGCCACGCUCGUGGUCACGAAGAAGAACGACGACAUCGUCUCCAACAACGCCUUCGUGCUCGUCAUGAGCCUCGUAAUCGUCGUCACCUUCCAGAUUAACACCAUCACCUCCUUCACGAGCGUGAUGUUUCAGAAGUCCUCCAAGCUCGACUACUUGACUCUGACCUACCUGGACAACAACAUUAAGACCAACGUGCAGCUGAUGAGCUUCAACCUGUUCCUGUUCCACCUCGUGAGGCUCCUCUACCUUGCCGUUUACAAAAACUACACAAACAGGCUCUUCAAGUUACUCUACUGGGUAAUCUAA